UGGGGGAAGAUGUCUGGCUUGUUUGCUUGAUCGUUCUGUUCUCGGGAGGUGGAGUUUCCAGGUAACUUGAUCCAGGUGUUUCUCCACUCCCUCAACUGCGAACUGCUACACUUUCUUUUAAAAGAAAGUCAGUGUAACUUAGCGAGCAUUGCUGUAAGUGGCAUAGAGCCGAGUCCCUCUGAAGUCUGGUGUGUGACUGUGAACUAGCACAAAUUACAAGAAGCAAAUCUCCUAGCCCCAAUGCCGGAGUUGAAGACUAAGGAGAAGUAUGUCCUGCUGGGCGAUGACUCUGACGGUGAGAACGAGGAGUAUAACAAGAUGAAACUGUCCUCAGUGAAUGCUCAGCAUGGGAAAAGGUACUCAGCAAGCAGAUUCAGAUGCUUUGCUUGGUGCCAGCCACAAUGGAUUUGUCACAGUUUCUUCAUCUUAUUGCUUCUCUUGUCCCAAGUGGGUUUAUUUUUGUACGUGCUGAAUCUGCAUGGAGAAAUAGCAAAAAUAAAAGUGGGACAAACGACAAGACAGCAAAAAGAACAACUCACUCAGCAGUCUGUUAAGAUGCCUUCUGUCGAGGGGAGCCUUGGAGAAGGAAAUGCGGAACUGAAAUCCAAAGUGGAGGAUUUAUAUGAGAAGCUUGAGGAGAUUACAUUUUCCCUUUCCCGAAGCAAAAAGUUGCAAAAUGCAGAAUCAGAUGUGAACCAUCCACAUAAUAUAGCGAUGAUAGACAAGAAAAUUAGCACUCUGGAGGAUGACAUUAUUCAUAUCAGAGGAGAGCUGGGCUUACUGCAAGCUGAACGUGAAGAGUUAAAGGACAAUGUGGAGAGAAUGAAUAAAAUGACUGAUGACCAGGAAUUUUCCAGCCUGUAUGAAUUCAUCCACAAAGUGAAUGAGUCUAGUGUCUCCAGCUCCACUCAAGUAAAAGGAAAGAUUCAUGCAUUUGACACCUUGAUAUCUGAUCUCACCCGCAAACUCAGCACCAUGGAAACAAGUUUGCUGACCCUUAGAAGGCUCAUAAACACACAGGCCAAUGAACUCUACCAGUUUGAAGAAUCAGUAAGAAAAGUACAAAAUGGCUCCGAUGAUUUGAAAACUCUCCAAAUCCAACUGGAUCAGAGACUGGAUAAUGUCUACCAGCAAAUCUCCCAGCUGAGAGAUGAGUUCUAUCAGGAAGACAAUGCUCUGAAUCGUACAAAUCAAACUGACUCAGACAUGCCACAAUUUCACUUUGAAACUACCACAUAUUCACCUCCGCAGACUGAGACUACUGAUAGUACAUCACCAAUAGGCUAUGAGAGGAAACAUCAACAAGUUCCAGAUGUCCAGAUGAGACAAGCAACUACAGAGAGUUUCACAAGGAAGCCAUCUGUCACAAAUGUUGUUGUGAUUUCCUCGAUAAAGAGUCUGAGAGCACUCCAGUCCUUCUUUUAUCAAGCAGAUUGGGCUGCUCGUGGCUACUUAACAUAUGAGGACCUCAUGAAUAAUCUAGGGGAACGUGUACCGCAAGAAGAAGAAAUUAAACCAUUUGAUGAAAAUAAUGACGGCAGGUUUUCCUAUCUAGAAAUAAAACAUGCUUUGGGACUACAAGAAUAAUGCUGGUGAGAACUGUUUGUUUGCAAACCCCAGUGGAUUGACUUCAAGAUCCUCAACGUGACUUUCAAAUCCCUUCAUGAUCUUGCUCUACCCUCAUCUCUGAGAUCUCUUGCAGUCCUAUUCUCCUCUUCAUACCUCCUCAUACCUUGUUAUUUCCUUUAGAUCUUCUUUCCCUAGUAUCAAAUCCUUCUCAAAUAUCUCUUAUUCUGAUCGUGCCUUUGGCCAGCAUUAAUAAACUCUCACCUCCUUCCCUUCCUGCUCCUAUUCUUCAUUGUAAUACACUUGGAGACAUUCAUUCAUUCUACAUAACAAGGCACUAUAUAAGCAGGGUUGGUAAAAAAAAAAAAAAUUGACGAUAAAAUAAGUUUUUUUUGUAUUUGUGAUCAAUAUGUUCAACUGAGAAAAUGUCUGACUUCCUGGUCAUCAGUUGGCCAUGGAUGUCACUUGCGCAUAUGAAUGGUAGUGUAAUCCAUAGUGACCUGUCAGCCUUUUGUGUUGUCUAAAAAAGAAUUGAAACAAUCAACAACAACUUGCAUUUAUAUAGUGGCCUUCACUCAUCAAAAAAACAAGUUUUGUGAUGAAAAUUUAUUUUUGCAAAGAGAGUGGAACACUGCAAACCCCAAAAAUAUGUUUUAUGCAUUUCCACUAAGUCUGGUGUUGGGGGGUGGGGACAAGUUAAAUACAAUAAUGGGUCCCGGGACCUGCUAGCCAGAUGCAUUUUAUUUAAUUUUCGUGCCUCAAUCUUUCCUUUAUUCUUUAUUCUCACUCCAUGGCUGUUUCUGGGACAAUGUUGUGUGCAAACCGGC